ACGCCUGGACCCGCCGGUGGGUGGAAUCGAAGCACAAGUCUGAUUACGGCCGGUUUGUGCUCACGGCUGGGAAGUUCUACGGCGACGCUGAGAAGGACAAAGGGAUCCAGACGAGCCAGGACGCCCGGUUCUAUGCCAUCUCCUCCCGCUUCGAGCCCUUCAGCAACCGGGACAAGACGCUGGUGGUGCAGUUCACGGUGAAGCACGAGCAGAACAUCGACUGCGGCGGCGGUUACGUCAAGCUCUUCCCAUCCAGCCUGAACCAGGAGGACAUGCACGGUGACUCCGAGUACAACAUCAUGUUUGGCCCUGAUAUCUGCGGCCCCGGCACCAAGAAGGUCCACGUCAUCUUCAACUACAAAGGGAAGAACGUCCUGAUCAACAAGGACAUCCGCUGCAAGGACGAUGAGUUCACCCACCUGUACACGCUGGUGGUGCGGCCCGACAACACCUACGAGGUGAAGAUCGACAACGCGCGGGUGGAAUCGGGCAGUCUGGAGGAGGAUUGGGACCUCCUGCCCCCCCGUAAGAUC